CGAACAAGUUGUUAUUGCUUGGUUAGGGAGCUAGCUAGCCGAAGGUGAGGGAACUCGAGGUCAAGGGACGGAGCCAAACAACUUGCAGACAAAUGGAAGACCAGCUAGAGCCAUCAUCUGGCGACUCCCAGUCCCAUGCUGUUAUCGUGGACAUCCCGUCCCUGGCGAAAUCACUGGAGCAGGAGCUAACUAGACACCGCCGCCUUCUCGGUGGCUCUACACCAUGCACCCCGACCAUCGGCAUGGUGGGGAAACUGACCCGCAAUGUGGAUCCGCAGGAGUACGAUCCACAUCAUGUCUCCAUCGGCCCCUACCACCGGAAAAGGAGCCCCAACGUCGGGAGGUACAACGACAAGCUAGCAAGCCUCGACGCCAUUCUUGCAGCGGCGACUCCUGGUAGUAAGACUAAGACGGUGGAGGUGUACCUCGCCGAGCUAGCCACCGACGAGGACCGUGCGAGGAGCUACUACGCCAACACGUUCGACGACAUGACGAGCUGUGAGUUCCUGCGCAUGCUGCUUCUCGACGCCUGCUUCUUGCUCAACUGGCUCGUCAAGGGGGGCGGCAACCAGCAGGAGAUCGACGCGGUUCUGCGCGACGUGCUCUUCCUCGUCGAGAACCAGAUACCAUACUUCGUCGUCGACAAGGUCCACAAACUAACCUCAUCUGGUGCCGCCGACAUUAUUGUCGUUCCAGCUUGGGAGACCAUGGCAGGGCACCUCUCCCAACGUAUCCUGCAGAAGCAGCAGUACACGAUGGCAACGAUCAAGCCGCCGGCGGCGGAGCCCGGCAACCUCCUGGACCUUGUGCACAUGCACUUCUUGGAGCCCACAACCACAAGAGCAAUAAGUGUAACCUCGUCACCCACCGGCCAGCAGCAGCCAGUGGGCAGGUGGCGCACGGCAAUGGAGUACCACAUCAGCGGCGUGAACUUGAAGGGCCGCCCCGUCGGCGCCGGGUCGACGGAAGCCAGCUCCAUCCUGGACGUGAAGCUGGACAGCGGCAGCGGCGGCACGCUGGUGGUGCCCCGCCUGAGGAUCGACGCCGACACCGGGCGGAUCCUGCGCAACCUGGUGGCGCUAGAGCAACAGAACCCCGAUGUCGGGAGCCACGUCACGGCGUACUGCAUCUUCAUGUCCCAGAUAGCGUGCACCGCCAGCGACGUGGAGCUCCUGUCGAGGAGAGGGGUCAUCGUGCACCUCCUCGGCAACCACGGCGAGGUCGCCACCUUCUUCUCCGACCUCUGCAAGGGGGUCCUGUUUGACCCCGACGACGCCGACCGAAACUACCUGAGGGCCACGUGCCAGGAGCUCGACAAGUGGUACCGGAGCCGCCGACGGCGGUGGAUAGCGUUGUUGUGGCACAAGUACUUGGCCAAUCCGUGGCUUGCCAUCGGGGUCAUGGCUGCGGCCCUCGGCCUAAUUUCCACCCUAGUGCAAACACUCUAUACUGCUUUGAGCUACUAUCGCUCAGCGCAGUGAAUGAAGUAAAACCUUCUAGAAAUAAUAAUGGUACUGCAUGGUACAUUUGGUUGCUA